GCGCGGCGCGCUGCGGGCGGGGCGGUGCGGGCGGCUGUGCGCAGGCGCGGUGGUCGCGCGGCCGUCGGUCGGUGGAGCAGCCGGCAGCCAUUGUCGCCGCGGCCGCAGAGCGGUUCCCUCACGGCCAGCAGGACUCGCUGCUCCGCGACGCAUCAACCUUAAGAUGAGUGGCUGCCGUGUCUUUGUUGGACACUUGAGCUCACGUGCUCGUGAACGGGAUGUAGAGAAGUUCUUCAAGGGAUAUGGUCGCAUACGAGAAAUCCAUCUGAAAAAUGGAUUUGGGUUUGUGGAAUUCGAAGACCACAGGGAUGCUGAUGAUGCAAUUUAUGAACUAAAUGGUAAAGAGCUGUGUGAUGAAAGGGUCACAAUUGAACAUGCUCGAGCCCGAAGAGGAAGGGGAAGAUUCUCACAACGGUUCAGUUAUUACCAGUCGCAGAGUGGAUCUAGCCGGUAUGGGCCUCCUGUUCGCACUGAACACAGGAUCAUUGUUGAAAACCUUUCAUCCCGUAUCAGCUGGCAGGACUUGAAAGAUGUCAUGAGAAAGGCAGGGGAGGUCACCUAUGUGGAUGCACACAGAAACAACAGGAAUGAAGGGGUUGUGGAGUUUGCAUCUUACAGUGACAUGAAGAGUGCUCUGGAAAAACUGGAUGGCACUGAGCUGAAUGGACGCAGAAUUAAACUGACUGAAGACCACAGAAGGCAUAGAAGCAGAUCUCGAUCACGGAGUUACUCAAGAUCUCGCAGCAGAUCCAGGUCUACGGGAUCUUCCAGAUCGGACAGCCGGUCCCGGUCCCGGUCAAGGUCCCGCUCCAGGUCCAGGUCUCGCUCUCGAUCCCGCUCUCGCUCUCGAUCCCGCUCUCGUUCUCGCAGUCGUACUCCUAAAAAGAGUUACUCCCACAAAAGCCACCGCUCCAGCUUGAUAGCUUCUUCCCCCUCUCCUUCUUCUUCUAAAAGAAAAUCUCGUUCUAGGUCGAGCUCUGCUCAUAGCCGUAGUUAACCUGCUUUGAGAGAUGUAUUAAUUAAUUUGAUUCAAGUUUCUUCAAGACUUGAGACAAGUUAUAUGUGAGAUCUGGGAGGGGAAGAGUUAACAUGAUGAAAGGGUGACCUCCUCUUACAUUGCCAAAGUGCCUGUCAUCAAAUAGGCCAUCUCUGUGAGGAGGGGCUGGCUGUCAGCUUUCUUCUUUCAGUGAAGUCUGGAGUGGGAAGUCUUUUUUAUUUUUUUCCCUGCUAUUAGUAAACAUUUCUAUCAUAGAUAUAUUAUGUACACAUAAUGCUGAGGUAAUGGGAUGAGACAAUACGCUGCUUUCUCCCUCUCUUGCCCCUACUUUCCCCUCCACCUCCAAGGCCUUUGACUUCCAAAAUACUAUGUUAGCUUUUGUCCUUGGUAUUAAGUCUGAGAACAGGAAGUAUAGAUUUAAUUCCUUUAAGGUUCUGUGGCUACUUUUCUGUGCGAGAAUGAAUGGACCAGAUAAAAUUAGUUUAGAGUUCCCCUUUUUCCCUGUUGCUUGGCUUAACAGGCUGUUUAAGUUCCAGCUUUACAUGACCUUGACAAUAUGCUUAAUUUGCAAAAGACUUUCAGGAAUACACAUUGGUUAGUUGAAUAUUGCUCACUUGGAUAAUGGAUUAAUACAAUGUUAAGCAGUAAUGAAAGCUGGAAUUUUCUGUUAAAAUGAGACAUACCAUCCAGAUGUCAGGUUUAUUGGGAAUCCAUUAUAAUAAUUUUACAGUAAUUCACUAGUAUGUGGUAUUGUAUGUAUAGACCUUAUUUGACAGGUGACUUCAUAAAACUGCACAGAAAUGUCAAUAUGCAUGUCCAUGUUUUUGAUGUUUAUAAAAGUGACAUAGCUUUCAUACCCAAAAGUGUGAUACUGAAUAACAUGUGUAUGACUAGCAAUAGUCUUGAUGGAAAGGAAGGUUAUUUUAGUAACGAGAGCAGCAAAAAAAAUUCCCAGGAAAAGUGUAGUCAAAAUCUCCGGAAUGCACACUUGUUUUGAUUAAUAGAAAUUCCACUGCAAAUACUGUUGUUCUUACAAUUUGGAAUUAGAUAUUUUUUUUUAACUUCUGUAUUGUCAAAGAAGGGAAACAUUUUUGGAAGAAAUAUGUAAAUUAAUCCCAAAGUCUUACAUGUAUUUAAAUGUACCAUUCCUAAUAAAAUCAAUCCUUUUUCUGGCUUA